AUGUUGAUCGAGCAAAUUCCCACUCCUUCAUCAUCCUCCAGUGCCGGCGCCGACGGUGGCGACCGGGAAACUUCAUCCCAGGAUCGUCAAGAAAAUUCUAACCCUUCUACUCCAACCACCGCCCCACCACAAACUAGCACCGCCACUCCACGUCCCGCGGUGGACGAAGAAACCCUACGGCGCCUCGAUAAAAUCCUCCGGAGUAUACCCAGCGAGUUGGACGAUGCAGCAGCAUACGCCGAACUCAAAGCUAGACUUAGGAUUUCCGGGUCUAAAGAUCCUGUUUCGUCCUCUAAAACAAAGAUCAUUCCUAGCUCUCCUAUGUCACCUUCACCAUCUACCAUCCAACCUUCGCCUCCAUCUCUUCCCAAAUACACAUCUACCGUCCAACCUUCACCGACAUUCACCCUUCCUAGCUCUCCUACAUCACCUUCGCCUACAACCUCCCUUCCUAUCUCUCCUAUAUCACCUUCACCCUCGUCCCCCAUCCAGCCAAUGCAAACCAGCGAAGAUACCUCUGACAAAGAAGGUUGGGGGGAUUAUGGGCAGCCGUUUGCUGUUCCAUCGCCAGGACGCGGUGGCGUCUGUACUUCGGUCCAUAAGCCGCAUUUGACUGAGGGCGGCGAAAUCAACGAGGAAGAAGUGGAGGAGUUCCACCUAUUUUUCGACUACGGGGAGGCUGAGAAGGAGGAGGACCUGCCACGCCGCCAGACGCGCCGUAUGACAACAGACCGGCUCCUGGGGGAAGCUGAAACCCUGAAAACCCGAGGAGAGGAGGAAGCGGUGGUACAGAGGCCCCGCACCAUACGACAGUUGGUUGAUGAAGAGGAGUCGGAGGAGCCAGAGAACCUAGAAGCCGAUGAGGAGAGAACGGCUGAAGAAGACAGCCGUCAGAAGAGAGAGAGAAAGAGGAAGGGGAAGGGAAGUGUCCUUCCUCCUCCAAAGAAAAAAUGCCCCGCCUUCACGGGGGAUGUAAUUACCAAUGAUUUUGCACCCGCCUUCCCACUAUCACAAAAUGAGGACAGUGAUUUGGAGGAACCGGAGUUGCGCUGGACCCGAGCAUCCAGGAGGCGACAAGGAAGGCCUGCAACAUCUCCUUCCACCACCUACUCUCCUCAGCAUGUGGUGUUGACCUCAGCUCUUCUCCAACAAAUGUUGAAAUUCGACGAUCCCAAACUGCAGGAGGAGGUUCACCAAAGGGUGACCUCCCAGAAAAAGUUGAAGGCGGGGAAGAUACUGCACCUGCCAUCCCUGUAG